AUGUCGGAGGUCCAGGGAACUGUUGAAUUUUCUGUGGAGCUGCACAAAUUCCAUAAUGUGGAUCUCUUCCAGAGAGGGUAUUACCUGGUGCAUGUAAGCCUGAAAGUCCCUUCUAGGAUCCCACAUCGAUUGUUGGCGACUACUGUGGAACAAACAGGCAAUUCAAUCCUUUGCUCAGCCUGUGUCCAUGAGAACAGUGUCUACAGUAGAGUGUUUCAGAUUUUGUACAGGAAUGAAGAGAUUGUCAUUAAUGAAUCCAUGAACUUCAGGGUCCACCUUCUCGUGGACAGUGAGAAGGUGGAAGAGGCACUAAGUGAAGCAGACUUUCAACUCAAGCUGGACUUGCACUUUACGGACAGCGAACAACAGCUGAGAGAUGUCACUGCCAUCCCAGUGAUCAGCAGUCGCACUUUGGGGCUUCACUUCCACCCAGGGAGAGGGCUGCACCAUCAUGUGCCUGUCAUGUUUGACUACUUCCACUUGUCAGCAAUCUCUGUUACCCUCCAUGCCUCUCUGGUGGCUUUACACCAGCCCCUAAUCAGUUUUGCUCGUCCGGGGAAAGGUUCGUGGCUUGGUAAAAGCAGCUUGGAGACAGGGCCAGAUCUGACUGGGAUGUCACUCGAAAAUCUGGUGUUUGGAGCUGGCUACUGCAAGCCUGCUGCCUCUGAGGGUAGCUUUUAUGUGCCAUCUGAAAACUGCAUGCAGCAUGCACACAAGUGGCAUAAAGGCCUUUGCCUCCUGCUCCUGAAGGCGUAUAGAGGACUUUGUGUGUACUACGCCAUCAUCAUGAAGGAGGUUCCCAAUUUGCCACAGCUGAAAUUAGAGGAUCUUGCUGUAAAAGAGACACUGCUGCAACUGUCUGCAGAGCUGCAGAUGCUGAACAAUCCAGAAAAGAUAGCAGAGCAGAUCAGCAAAGAUGUCACUUGGCUUUGCUCUCAUCUUUUGGCUCUCUGGACCCAGUUUCUGGAGAUUGUAACCCUGCAUCCAGAUAUCACAGCCUAUCUUGUUCAGGAGCAUCACACUCUAAGGAUAAGAAGAUUCUCUGAGGCUUUCUUCUAUGCUGAACAUCAAAAGCUAGCUGCGGUGACUUUCCAGGAAAGCCUCAUCCAGCAUCACAACCAAGUUUCAUCAGAAGUCCGGGCCUCUGAGUACCUCACCAGCAUGCCCCCCCUGCCAGUAGAGUGCCUCGACAUUGAUGGUGACUGGAGCACCCUGCCGAUUAUUUUUGAAGACAGAUAUGUAGAUUCCCCCUACAAAGUUCAGGGCUUAGACAGUUUGCCAAAUGGUGUGGCUUCUGCUGUGGGUAUUUCACAAGUGGACUUAACAGAAAAGUUUGAGGGUCCUUCCUCAAACGACAACACUGUUUUAGCAAAGGGAAAUUUCAGGAACGAUGCUCCUUUCGUCAUCCAUACAGAUAGGAUAAAUGGGAAAUCAGUGUAUGGUUGCAGCUAUCCAGAAGGAGAUUCCUGCAUGGUCAAGAGUUUCAAGGAUCUCUCCACAACUCAAAUACAUGCAAUGAAUGGAUAUGUCCAAUCUCAUGAGAAUCAGUCAGAUCUGGCUAGCAAUGUUAUUUUUGAUUUGCAAUCAAAUGUCCAGGCAGGUCCUACAGAAAGCCUCAAGAAGCCAAUGGAGUUUGCAGAAAAUAACAAUGAUAGACUCUUAGCAGAGGUGGCGUAUUUGGACAUGAACCCAGUGUGUAAUGGUGGCUAUCCAAGAGAACCAAUGCUAGUCAUGACUGCCCUGUAUGACGGCGACAUGUACCAUGGGAUUGAAUUGAGCCAAGUUAGAAGGGAUCAAUCCGGGUCUACUCUUGCCUUGGACAAACUCCUGCUUCAUAAAGAAAAUGCUGAAGAGGAACCAGUGGAUCAGGGUGGAGUGCCAGCAUUGCCAGCAUUGAGGGCAUUUGAUGUAAGUGACCAUUUGGGUGCACUGAAGCAGAUAAAAGGUAUUGAGGAAGCCAGAUCUUUUCAGGAGCAAAGAGUGCAGGAGUGCCAGGAGUUUAGCUUGACAUCAGGAGUCAUUAAGAGAUCUUCGUCACUAAUUUCAGACUCGGGGAUUGAAAGUGAGCCCAGUUCAGUAGCUUGGUCUGAUGCACGGAGCAAAGCCUUGGAGUUGCCCAGCGACCAGGAGAUUCUCCACCAGCUUGUCAGAAGGCACACAAUUCACCGGAACUCUCUAGAGGGUGGGCACACAGAAAGUAACACCAGCUUGCCCAGCGGCAUCCAAGCCUCACUUACGUCAAUUAGCUCCUUGCCCUACGAGGACGAAGAGCGGGAGGUGGAGCCCAAUAAGCUGACGAAGUCUAUCUCGGCUCCUCAGAUCAGUAGCCCCGAGGAGUCCGCUGAUGACAUGGAUAUAUCCAAACACAUUCAAACCAUCUCGGACAGUGCAGAGGGACAAUAUGUAGAAAUAGGGUGCACCAGCAUGUCCUUAGCAGGAAACGUUUCCACAGCCCAGGAUGACAGAGAAAAUGGCAGGCCACCACUUCCAUUGGGUACAACUGAGCAUCCCAAAUCUGCCUUUGCAGAAAAUGGUGGCAGUUCUCACUUACUAGAAGCCGCUGAAAGCUUUUUAGAAAUGGACUGUAGCUUAGAAGCCUCAGGGGAACCUGUGUUCCUAAUGCAAAAUGGAAAUCUGGAUGGCACAGUUGAAUACCAGCUGCCGAAGAGAAAAAGGGAAGUCCUCUUGGAAAGGAUCAAUGACUAUUUGGACACAAAUGCUGCUCAUUUUGACUUAUGUGAUGAAGAAGUAAAUUUGCACACAGGGCACAGCUUGUAUUCCACAGACAUUGAGGCUUUGUCACACCUUGAGAACCACACACCAGAUUUCUGCUACACCAUCCCUGCCUCAGAGGUGGUACCCGAAUCCGUCUCUACCAAGGGGCACCAUGGCAGCUCUCUUGCCAAUGGCAAAAUAAUGACAUAUGGUGGAGAAAUACCCAACUUUCAGGAAAUUGAGCUGGAUAACAGAUCCGGCUGUGGCUCCUACUGUGCAGAAUCAGAAAACCGAGAGCUCAAAACGGCGGCAAACAGCACUGGCUUCCAUUCUGCAGUUCCAGAGGCAUUGGUGCUUGAGAGCAAAAAGGCUAUUGAGGUGGUCAACUUAUCUGUUUCUUGCACGGCCACAUGUCUUCCUUUCUCUUCAGUUCUCAAAGAGGCCCCAGCACCAGUGGCUGGCUUCUCCUCCAAGCAGGCCACUUCUCCGAUCACUCACCAACCGGUGGGCUCCUUUGGGGUCAUCUCCUGCGGGUCCAGUGAUGUGGAUGAGGAGGCCAAUGAAAGAAUGUUUAGUUUUUAUCAGGCCAAAGGAAAAUUUAAAAAAGAACUGAAGAUUGAAGGAUUUCUGUACAGUGACUUGUCUGUACUCGCUUCUGAUAUCCCAUAUUUUCCACCAGAGGAAGAGGAAGAAAAUUUGGAAGAUGGGAUUCACCUGGUGGUCUGUGUCCAUGGGCUGGAUGGUAACAGUGCAGAUCUCCGGCUGGUAAAAACUUUCAUUGAACUGGGUCUCCCUGGUGGAAAGCUGGACUUCUUGAUGUCAGAAAGGAACCAGACGGACACAUUUGCAGAUUUUGAUACCAUGACCGACCGUUUGCUGGAUGAAAUAAUCCAGCACAUUCAGUUGUACAAUUUGUCAAUAUCACGAAUAAGUUUUAUCGGUCACUCCCUUGGGAAUGUCAUCAUCCGAUCCGUAUUAACCCGGCCCAGGUUUCGCUAUUACCUCAAUAAGCUACAUACCUUCCUGUCUCUCUCUGGACCUCACUUAGGAACCCUUUACAACAACAGUACUUUAGUUAGUACAGGCUUGUGGCUCAUGCAGAAGCUCAAAAAAUCUGGGUCGCUUUUGCAACUGACCUUCAGGGACAAUGCAGAUCUGAGAAAAUGUUUCCUCUAUCAGCUCAGCCAAAAAACAGGUCUCCAGUAUUUCAAAAAUGUUGUCCUGGUAGCCUCCCCCCAAGACCGUUAUGUACCAUUUCAUUCCGCAAGAAUAGAAAUGUGUAAAUCAGCACUGAAAGACAGACAUACAGGUCCUGUUUAUGCCGAGAUGAUUAACAACCUCCUCCUGCCAGUCAUUGGGGCAAAGAAUUGCACUUUAAUCCGCCACGACGUGUUCCAUGCCUUGCCAAACACGGCCAACACACUGAUUGGGCGGGCAGCGCACAUAGCUGUGCUGGAUUCUGAACUGUUCUUGGAGAAAUUUUUCCUUGUUGCAGGACUCAGCUAUUUCAAAUAG